AUGGAUCUUGGGCUAGACAGGAGCAAUCCCGCAAGCAUCUCACCCAGCUGUAGUAGCAAUCAUACUGCUAGGCGCAGCACAUUAAAUUUCUCUCGUCCACUGCCACAGCAGCUGUCGUCAACUGAUGGUGAAAAGGUUCACCGGUCUACCGACCGUCAAAACAGAUUUCACUCCGCUGGGUCCUCUGGGGAGUACCUUAUCCCAUCGCCUACACAUGGCGCAAUAAAUCUAAACCCCCCCAACCUCACACACCGGCCUAGGUCUCCCGUCAGCCCUAGUAUGCUUUCUCCCCCGCUAUCCCCUUCACGGGCACCGGUAUCAGGUCCGAUAAGGUACUCCAGCGGGCAAUACCACAGAGCUAGCUCCAGGCUUUCCAUUCCAAGAACAAGACCAGGCCCACGGCCUAACUCUAUCAUAUCAAUCACCCCAGCAGAUCUUCCCGGGAUAUCUCAUUAUCGCCCCAUAUCAUAUGGCCAGCUGAAGGAGAUUUGUCGAGUGGCUGAACGAGAUGACAGACAUAAGUUCCCGUCCCUGUCUGAGGAGCAGGGUGAAUUCUGUUCAGAACCACCCGAUGGUGGGUUCAUGGCAUGGGCCCAUGCUGCCUCUGGAUUUUUCAUCACUUUUAAUACCUUAGGGCUGAAUAUGGGUUUUGGUGCUUUCCAAGCUUACUACUCUAAAGUCAUGUUACCAACUUCGAGCCCGUCCAAAAUCGCCUGGAUAGGUUCUUUCCAAAUAUUCGCUAGCUUUGGUCUUUUUCUACUGGUCGGCCUACUAACCAGCAAAGGCUAUUUCAAGCUCUGUUUCCGCGGAGGUGCUGUUGGCCUCAUGACAACCAUCCUGUUAACCGGUUUCUGCAAAACGUGGUGGCAGUUCUUUCUCGUACAGGGGGUGUUGAUGGGCUGCUCAAUGGGUCUGGUUUUCACUUCUGCUGUGACAGUUACAACGACAUAUUUUUCAACAAAUCUGGGGAUUGCUACAGCGCUGGCGGCUGUAGGCUCAAGCUUUGUUGGAUUUGGAUGGACGCUUCGAAUCACCAUGAUAUUUCCAUUAAUUAUAAUUCGAGAGCGGCCCGGAGUGCCAAGGAAUUCCAAUAGCACCAUGGAUUGGACCAUGUUUACGGAUACCUCUUACCUACUGAUGGCGGCGGGAAUGUUCUUCGCUUUCUGGGGUGUCUACUUUGGAUUCUACUUUGUAAGUGUGCUCCAGGCCAUACUAGAAGAUAUCAACAGUGGCCAUGCUGACGAGCCAGAUAUCCCUAUUUGGUCAGGACGUCCUACACAUGACACCACAGACGUCCCUCAACCUACUGAUCGCCAUGAACGUCUGUAA